AUGUCUUCGCUGUUGGGAUUCGGAGAUACAAGGUACUCGACUGAUGAGAACAAGCUCCAGGAUGCUCUUGAGUCGCUGAAAGCUUACCUGGCAUCUGAGGGUGUGCCGGGGAUAUACCGACCUUCAAGGCCCUACUUGAUCUGGGAUCGAGGAAUCAUGUGGACCUGUAUGGGUACUUGCGGCGCCGUCUGGCUUCUCUGGCAGAUUGCCUUAAAGUCCGGCAGGCUGCCGUUGAUUCCAAUACGAUAUCAGGAGACUCAAACAAAGACGCGUUUACGGGAAUGGCUGACGACCAAUUUCACAUGCAAGACUGAAGAUGUCCGACGAGGCCGAUGGUGGACCAUGGUUCUAGCCGCCUUCAGCCACAUCGACUUCGCUCAUCUGGUUUCGAACUUGUCCGCAUUCUCGUCGUUUUCAAAAUAUCUGAUGUUCGUGGGCAUUGCGCCUCACAGGUUCGUCGCACUCAUCCUGGGUUCUGCGUUGAGUGGUAGUUUGGCCGCAACGUAUCACCAGGCUUUGAUGGAGAAGCAGGAGCACGUCCAACGCAGAAGCCUCGGAAUGUCGGCGGUGUGUAUGGGAUUGAUCGCGGCUGUUGCCGUCCUGUCUCCCAAUGCGACUAUGUCGCCGAUGAACCUUGGACGGAUGCCCGCCUGGAUGGCGGCAUUUUCCUACGUGCUAUUCGAUACAUAUAUGAUUGGCAGCCCAACUUCGAUGACCGGACACCCCGCUCACGUUGGAGGUGCCAUCUUUGGAGCAGCGUACUCUUGUAUCGCCCUUCGAGGAAGACUACCCCUGGCAGAAUGGUUGUGGAAGUGA